AUGCCGGCAGAUGCACACGUCCAAGCUGCAACUUUGCAGAAGUUUCUCGCAGCAUGGAAGUCCUGGAACGCGGAGUCCUGGCUGGCUGUCUUCGACGACAGCUUCGAGCAUAUCACAAUGCCGCUCAAUCUAGGUUUGCCACCGAAGACUAAAGCGGAAGUUGCAGCAACUCUGCCGACGAUGAUGAGCGCCAUAAGAGACUGCGAGUUCAAUGUGCACGAAACGGUGCAUGAUCCGGAUCGAAACAAAGCUGCUGUGUACUGUACAUCGAAAGGGGUCACCGACGUGGGUUCUUGGAACAUGGAAUAUGCUGCAUUUAUAACUUUCAACGAGACGGGUGACAAGGUUGCCAAGUUCGAGGAGAUGAUCGAUUCGGCAUUCAUGAAGGAAUUCGCGCCCAAGUUCCAGAAACAUAUGCGUGAACAGGCCGCCUAG